CUUACAAUUCAGAGUCAAUAAUGACCUAAUAGAUGCCAAAUCUGUUGGACAACAUUAUACUUGGAACAAAGGGGACAAAUGGGCUAAGUUGGACUGGGUUUUGGUGAAUCAUGAUUGGGAAGCCAUUAACUGGGAGUGCUGGGCAGAAUUUGGUGAUAUGCAAGUAGAAUCUGAUCAUUGUCAUGUGAUUCUGAAUAUCAUUAACAGCACCACCAAGGGAACCAGACCAUUCAAAUUCUUCAAUAUGUGGUUAAACCAUCAAUCCUUUGAUGGUCUGUUAUAGAACAACUGGAGCAUUUCGGUGGAGGGUACCAGGCAGUUUAGACUUUGCAAAAAAUUGAAGAUGCUAAAACAACCUCUAAAGCAGCUCAACAAGCAAGAAUUUGGUCACAUAUUACAGAGGGCAAAAGAGGCUAGGAAGGAAUACACUGCUAUCAUGAAGGACUUGUUACUUCAACCUCAUAAUCAAAACCUUUUAAAACAGAGUGAUAUGCUAAGGAAAAAGGCAAGUUUUUAUUUAGAGGCUGAGAGAGCCUUCUUCCAGUAGAAGGUUAAAACUGAUUUGAUUCUUGAGGGGGAUAAAUGCACCAAGUACUUCCAUGCUUUGAUGAGGAAGCAGAACACCACCAAAUCCAUUCCUUUCAUUUAUACAGAACAUGGAGGGAUCACCACAUCCUUGGAGGAGAUUGCUGGCCUUUUUACUGAUUACUACAAGGAGCUUUUUGGGAGUAACCCAGGGGUUGCCCCACUCAACAGGGAGGUGUUUCAGGAAGGAUUGCUUAUCUCCCCUGAGCAAGCACUUAACCUGGUCAAGGAUGUGCAUAUUGCUGAGGUUAAGGAAGCACUCUUCAGCAUUGGGAAUGAUAAGGCACCUGGACCUGAUGGGUUUACAUCUGCUUUUUAGAAAACUAAAUGGAAUGUUGUGGG